AUGGCCAGCAAGGGAUGGAAGGUGGUCAUCGCAAUUAUCAACAUGGUCAAAGGGCGAGAAACAGCAGAACUGGUAAAAGGCGACUUUAUCGAGGCUGAUGUCAGGUCUUGGGAGGCUCGGUACUCUGCGUUCAAAAUGACCUUUGACAAGUAUGGCCGGCUCGACUUUGUUUUUGCGAACGCAAGCCUGUCAGACCGCUCUGACCCUUUUCACCCUGGAAAUGAUGAUUCUGAUCCAGUCCAGCCUCCGGAUCUGAAUUCAACGGAGGUAAACUUCAUCGGUCUAACAUAUACAGCUCUUCUCGCCGUGAAGGACUUCCGCAAGAACCCCAUGGUCGGGGUAGAUCUCAUCAUGACAGCUUGUGGAGCGGGGCUAUAUUUGACCCCGGUGAUGCCCUUCUACUGCGGUGGCAAACAUGGUGUGGUCGGAUUUGGUCGUGCCAUGGGCGGAAGACUGGUGAAAGAGGGGAUUCGAGUCCAUGUCCUUGUGCCGGGAAUGGUUCCAACCACAAUAAUGAUAGAGGAACUUCUUGCUCAUAUGGAUCCUGCCCUCUUUACGUCUCCUGAGCACAUAGCUGCUGCAGUGGUGGACAUUCUAGAAAAGAGAAUCAGUAGAGCAACGUGUGAGGCAAGUGUGAACAAGCUCUUCUAUCGCGAUCCUCCAGACUUUCUCGAUGAGGCGCAAAGGAAGGCGAUGGGAGCCAAUAGCUGUUGUAGGCUGCAGAAUUCGGACGAGGGGAUUGUAGCCUGCAGCCUCAGAGGUGGAAGGGAUGCCAUAUUGUACGCAGGGUCGGCGAAUCGACGAGAGGAGGAGGGGAGCAGCAGAGCCUAG